CUGUAAUUAGUAUCAUACCUAUAUAGUCACAUGUAAGUCAUGUGGUUUAGUUUCGCCUCCGUUGCUGUUGUCGUUGAAUGAAAUUCUAAUUACCUUUAUAAAUAUGGCUGUUAUACUGAAGUCCAGCAUGGUGAUUUUGUUGAUCAGUUUGGUCAGUAAAUCACAUCAGUCAGGACUUCGAGGUAUGUUUCCCCAACGUUAUCCACACAUGGAAAGGAAUGCAGUCGAUCCUGGAGAACCGUUAUUUCUAACUCCGUACUUGGAACGCGGAGAAACAAACACAGCUCAGAAGUUGAGCCUGGUCGGUCCACUCGAGGGCACCACUCUUAAGAGUUACUCUGGAUUCAUCACAGUUAAUAAAACAACGAAGAGUAACAUGUUCUUCUGGUUCUUCCCUGCUCAGGAGGACCCCCUGAAUGCCCCUGUGUUGCUAUGGUUACAAGGAGGUCCUGGGGGAUCAUCAUUGUUUGGACUGUUUGUGGAGAAUGGACCACUUACGGUUGAUAAAUCAUUGAACUUGACGGAGAAAAAAAUAACAUGGAACAGGAAAUAUUCCAUGUUGUAUGUGGACAAUCCAGUGGGAACCGGCUUCAGUUUCACAGGAGCUGACGCUGGGUAUGCCAGAAAUGAGGUAGAUGUGGCCAAUGACUUAUACAGUUUCUUGCAGCAAUUUUUCCAGAUUUACUAUCAGUUCCAGAAGAAUGACUUCUAUGCUACUGGAGAGUCUUAUGCUGGUAAAUAUGUUCCUGCUAUUUCCUAUAAAAUCCACAUGGAAAAUCCAACAGCAAAGCUCAAGAUAAACUUCAAGGGAAUGGCCAUUGGCGACGGUCUGUGUGAUCCAGAAUCGAUGAUGAAUCAAUACGCUGGGUUCAUGUACAGUAUUGGAAUGCUGGAUGAGAAACAGAGGGACUAUUUUGCUGCAGAAACCGAGAAGGCUGUUCAGUUCAUCAAAAACAAGCAGUUUAGUGAUGCAUUUAAGAUAUUUGAUGUACUGUUGAACGGGGACCUCACACCAUACAAACCAUACUUCUACAACGUAACCUUGACAACCAACUACUAUAACUUCAUGCUGACUCAGGCGCCAGACGAUUUUAACUAUUAUGGAAAUUAUCUGGCUAAACCUGAGGUUCGUCGAGCCAUUCACGUAGGAAACUUAACCUACAAUGAUGGAAGAGCUGUGGAGAUGCAUCUAAUGAACGAUGUAAUGGACACUGUCAAACCCUGGAUAGAGACUCUCCUGGACAACUACAAGGUGAUGAUCUAUAACGGUCAGCUGGACAUCAUCAUCGCCGUUCCUCUGACCGAAGCCUUCCUACUUAGCACCAACUGGUCAGGACUGAAGAAGUAUACGGAGGCUGAGCGAUUGAUCUGGAAAGUCAACCCCACAGAUGUGGAGGUGGCGGGAUAUGUCAGGAAUGUGGGAAAUUUCUACCAGGUGAUUGUCCGGGGGGCAGGUCACAUCCUGCCGUAUGAUCAGCCAGAGCGAGGCUAUGACAUGAUCCAGAGGUUUAUAGAGAACAAACCCUUUCAUAAUUAGUGUGUUGACUGUUAUAAUAGGUAUUCUGGCUGAACACAUGAUAUCAUCUUUUGUCAGGAACAGCUGUAAUUCAAGUCUCUGUGAUAUUUAUGUGAACAUUUAAACCUGUUUAAUUACGACUUCUUUAGGUGUAUCAUGCUCCCUUAAGUGAUAAAAAAAAACUAUUUUUUAUCUUAAAUAAUUUCCAUUACACAUUCCCUGAAGAUUUUUUUCAUCAGUCCAAAAGUACUUUUUUGUUUAAAAAAAAACCCCAACAUACAAAUCUUUCAAAAUUGGUAGAUAAGAAAUCUAGAUAUUAAGUAAAUAGAUAUUUCCUGGUGUUGUGGAAGGUAAUAGGCACCAGGGGACCUUUAUAGACCCAUCUAUGACAUGUAGAACAUGCUAGAAUGGUCAAUUAAACAGGUUACUCUGUAAUAUAAAUUAUAAUUAUGAUUUACUGAUGACACUGUGAGGGAGAGUGAUUAUAGAUAGUAUAAUGAAAGGGAAUGAGUGAAUGAUUAAACUAAAUGUCCUCAAUAUUCUUCUCGCUGUUUUGUACGGCAGUGUACUUGUGCAUGAGUUUGUUUAAUAAUUAGUACACAUUGACCAAUAUCAGUUUCAUUUUUUUUCUUUCUGUGAAAUAAUUCUAAAUUGAUACUAAUUACAAAUGUUAUCAUAGGAUUGCUUAUUCAUGCUAUGAAAAUUAGCAAAAAUAUGAAGAGGUUACAUUGGUUGACAAAAGUUCAAAUCCUUUCCACGCGGAUCAUUUUAGGCUUUGUGUUUAUAUAAUAAUUGCAUAAUAAUUAACAUACCGGUAAUUUAAUAAGUAAGUUAGAUGCUAGAUAAUAUUAGACAUAUUCUAAUUUUCCUCAAUUUACAUUGGCUAAAUCAUCGUGACAUGGGGAUUAGUAUUUUAAGAUAUUAACCUGAUGUUUCUAAUUUUAGAAACACUGACUCGAUAUUGCAUUGAUGACAUCAUAAUCAUUGUGACAUCACAAUUCCUGUAAAGUUCUAAUUAUCAAGAUAACUUUAAUAAAAUUCCACCCUUUUGCAAACAAAUUGCAUAUCUAACAUAAAAAUCAAGGAACUUUGAUUUGGUUAAUAUAGUGUAAUACUGACCUGGUAAAAUCUAAAGUAUUGACCUCCGACUUGCCCUCAGUCAAUAUUUACCAGGUCUGUGUGGCCAAUGUUCUAUUCUUUUGUUGGAACCAUGACAGUUGCCUUAUUUGGAUACAUGUACAACUCACUUUCUUUGGUUAACAAAAAUAACAGAAACAACAAUUUGAGAACUUCAUAGAGGAAAAUGUGACUUUGGGCAUUAUAUUUGGUUUCAUUUUUGGCUGAAUUGAGUAAUACAGAUAUUUAAAGGUAAAACUUCCAGAAAAGUGCUACACAUGUAGAUGUUGUUAAUUAAGUGUGAAAGUACAUUGUAUAUUGAGUGACUCCUUUUGGUUUGCAUGAAUCAUUCCAUUUAAUAUCUUCAUUUCCACGUAAAGUAUUGAUAUUAUAUUGACAAGUGCUAUCACCUUUUAUAUUGCUUGGUUAGCUAUAGGCAUUUCAUCAAUCCUUGAGAUAGCCUUAAGUUUGUAUUAUUCAUACAAGAGCAUUUUUACACAAUAUUAAUUUUCAAUUUGUAGCCACAGAAUCUUUGCCCAAUUUCCCAAGCCAUAGUCCAUUAACAUGUACAUAUAUAUAUGUAAUAUGUAUAUGUAUCAGUACCAUUAUGGCUUGUGUAGAUGUGAAAUUCUGAAAAUAUUUGAAAAAAAAAAGAGAUUUUUUUUUAUUUACUUUAUUAUUUAGAAAUACCUACAUUACCGGAUGUAUUUGUAAUUUGAAAAAAAAACCAAACAUAACAUGCAUGUAUAUGUACGUCCCUGGAAGAGACAGUGCCAUUUUAAAGUUACAGAUAUUGUGUAUUGCAAUAUAAACCUAUAAUUAGCUUGACAGGGGCUAUUGAGCUUGAGAACUUGAACAGAUAUUUCCUUUUGUUAAUUCAGAGGGUGCAUUUGGUAGCGGGAGACGCAAUAUUUCAUACCCAGUAAAUUAAGUUUAACUUAGAUACGGUACCUGGCGAUAUGAUAUGAGGAAAUGAUGGUUGAUAUUAAACUCAAGUGUAUAUAUAUAUACCUCCAAUAACAAGAACUAUUUAUGAUAAAUCAACUUUUUUUGUUACUGUGUUUUACACCAAUAAAUAUAAUGUAUAAUUUUGA